CCACUAUAUAAGGAGGAGGGAAGGGCAGCAGUUAAAAGGCAGAGGAUAUGAUGCCAUCGAAUCCUUAACAGGAGACACCGUCUUCCACGAUUGGAUUGGCAUCUCCUCCUCCUCCUCCUCCUCUUACCUCGCUUUCGUUCUGAACACAACAAGUGGUAGACGUGUUUAUAUAUGCACUCAUAGAGCUCGUCGCAACAAGCGUCUCAGCAUGGUCCUGCGCACUCUGUCUCCACCCAAAACAGAGGUGAAUGCGACCAUAGCUACCAUGGCGAAGCCGGGGCCACCCGGGACGCCGUUGAUCUUCGACGCCGCCUUCCAUAGCCGGCAGGCCAGCAUCCCCGAGCAGUUCGUCUGGCCCGAAGGCGAGGCGCCGACUCCGGACGCCCACGAAGAACUCGUCGUCCCCCUGAUCGACCUCAGCGGGAUCAUGUCCGGAGACCCCGCCGCGGCUGCGGCGAUCACCGGGUCCGUUGCGGACGCGUGCCAACGGCACGGGUUCUUCCAGGUCGUCAACCACGGCAUCGACGCCGGUUUCCUGGCGGAGGCCCACCGCUGCGUGGAGGCCUUCUUCGUGAUGCCGCUCGCCGAGAAGCAGAGGGCGCAGAGGCGGACGGGCGAGAGCUGCGGCUACGCCAGCAGCUUCGCCGGGAGGUUCGCGAACAAGCUGCCAUGGAAGGAGACCCUCUCGUUCCGCUUCUCGCCCUCGCCGCUCGCCGGUGACAUCGUGGAGGACUACAUCGUCCGCACCCUCGGGGAAGACUUCCGUUAUUCCGGGGAGGUGUACCAGCGGUACUGCGAGGCGAUGAGCAACCUGUCGCUACAGAUAAUGGAGGUGCUCGGGCUGAGCCUGGGGGUUGGGCGGGCGCACUUCCGUGAGUUCUUCGAGGGCAACGACUCGAUAAUGCGGCUGAACUACUACCCGCCGUGCCAGAGGCCGGAGCUCACGCUCGGCACCGGCCCCCAUUGCGACCCCACCUCGCUGACCAUCCUCCACCAGGACGAUGUCCAAGGCCUGCAGGUCUUCGCCGACGGCAAGUGGCGGACCAUCUGCCCCAAGCCCGAUGCUUUCGUCGUCAACAUCGGCGACACCUUCAUGGCCCUGUCGAACGGGAGGUACAAGAGUUGUCUGCACAGGGCGGUGGUGAAUAGCAAGGUGGCGCGGAAGUCACUGGCCUUCUUCCUGUGCCCGGCCACCGACAAGGUGGUGCGACCGCCGGCGGAGCUGGUGGACGCCGACCAUCCCAGGGCGUACCCAGACUUCACGUGGCCCGCGCUGCUGGAGUUCACCCAGAAGCAUUACCGAGCUGACAUGAAGACGCUCGACGCGUUCACGAGUUGGAUUCUGCGGGCCGCGGCGCCGCAGUGAAGAGAGAGAGAUGCGGCCAGGCCUCGGAUUCAUUUUUGGUUCUUGCUAUUAGAGCUAAGGGGAGGGGUCCGAGUUGUGUGUCGACAAAUAAGGCUUCAACCAAUAAGAAGACAAGUCGAGACAGGAGGAGAAAGCGUUAUAUACAUGUAUCUGCCGGUUGCAUCCCUCGCUGUUAAAAACCUUUCAUUUCGGUCAUAUAGAAAGUAAUAGCCCAUAUCCCCUCUUUCUCUCUUUCUCUCUCUCUCUCUCUCUCUCUCUCUCUCUCUCUCUCUCUCUCCUCUCCGAUGAAACCAAACUCUAAGUUGGAGAAGGAAGAGAGAAAAGAGAGUGGGAGUUGCAUGACGAUAGAGAGGGGAGAGGAAGGAGCCAAGGUGACAAACUGGGACAGCAUACGUUGUCUCAAAUUGAGGUUGAUAUAACUGGAGGGAUCCGUAAACCAGUCCUAUCCUCUGCGCUAGAGUGGCUUGUCCUCUACUUGGCACCAGUGUACUGGUAUUCUAAUUUUCCCCCUUCCUUUGGCAUGUAGCAUCUGCCACCAGGACAUGUCGUGAUUGGAUCUUGGUGGCAAAGGAGGAUUCUUCUUUCAAA